AUGCAAGGUUUCCUGGGACUUGCGUCAUCAUCUACUUCCGCAUCGACGUGGGACCUCGACGUCGUGGUGAAUGGAAUUUUGUUACCUUUCCGCAUUGACACAGGAGCCGACGAAUCCGUUCUAUCAGAAGCUCUCUUCAACCGACACUUCUCGGAACUGACGCUACGUCAACCACUUCGAGUACUCUGCGGUCCCGACGGGACACCGCUGAACGUCGUUGGAAUGGUAACACUACAACUUGCCUGUAAGGGCAACCAUUCCGAUCAAAACAUCUUCAUCGUUCGGGGACUGAAGAAGAACUUGCUGGGGAGUCCGGCAAUAGAGGACCUUCGUCUACUCGCUCAAAUUGACAACGUCGAAAAUAUGUCCGUAAACCCAAGAAAAGACUACCCACAACUCUUCCGAGGCCUGGGAGUUAUUGAGGGAGACUACUGCCUUCGCGUCAAGUCCGGAACGAUACCCUUCGCCGUAACUUCACCGAGGAAGGUUCCACUACCAUUGUACGAAAGCACCCAGGAAGAGCUACGUGAGAUGGAGCGCUUAGGAGUCAUCUCACGGGUUGAAGAGGCAACUGAGUGGUGCGCGCCUAUGGUGGUGGUGCCGAAGAGGAACGGCAAGGUGCGCAUAUGCGUCGACCUUACGGAACUUAACCGGUUUGUUCUAAGGGAGUGGUACCCGAUCCCUUCAGUGGAACACACGCUGGGACGGCUGUCAGGAGCAAAAGUCUUCUCGAAGAUUGAUGCCAACGCAGGUUUUUGGCAGGUUCCAUUAAGCAGUGACAGUCGCCUCCUCACCACCUUUAUCACUCCAUUUGGUCGUUUUUGUUUUAACCGACUACCAUUCGGAAUCUCAUCAGCACCGGAACAUUUCCAAAGACGCAUGACUGAAGUGCUGGAGGGUCUGCCAGGAGUUAUUUGCCAUAUGGACGAUGUACUGGUGUUCGGCUCAACUAGGGAACUUCACGACGCAAGACUUCGCGCUGUUUUGGACAGUCUAACAAAAGCCGGAAUCACGCUAAACUCCCAGAAAUGCGUCUUUGGAGUGGAAACUGUUGACUUUCUCGGUAACACUAUUGCGGCAGAUGGCAUCCGCCCCAACAAACGAACCCUGGAUGUCAUCACGAACAUUCCUGCCCUGACCUCAAGAACGGAGCUCAGACGUCUUCUCGGGCUAGCGACGUAUCUCGGACGUAUUGUGCCCCGCCUUUCAGACCUCUUAGCACCCUUGACUUCCAUGCUGAGCAGUAAAAGUGAAUUCGUGUGGGAGGAGCCGCAACGAGAAGCUUUCCUGCGUUGGAAGGAAAUACUGUCUUCCUCACCCGUCCUAGGGAUUUACGACGUAAACCGCGAAACUAUAGUUUCUGCCGACGCAUCCUCCUACGGCUUAGGUGCAGUCCUCCUGCAAGAACAAGAUGAUGGGUCGUUAUGCGUCAUCGCCUACGCCUCCAGGACCCUUAGUGACACUGAACGUCGCUACGCUCAGAUUGAGAGAGAGGGGUUGGCACUCGCCUGGGCAUGCGAUAGAUUUCAAGAAUUCCUGAUCGGCAGGUCGUUCCGUUUAGAGACUGAUCAUAAGCCGCUCGUGACGCUACUUAGCACAAAGUUUUUGGACGACCUCACGCCUCGUCUUCAAAGGAUAAGAAUGAGACUCAUGAGAUAUUCCUACACAGUUACGUACGUCCCAGCAAAACAACUCAUUGCUGCCGAUGCGCUCUCGAGGAACCCAGUGCAGUCAACGGGCCCAUCGAUACUCGACCAAGAAGUCGGAGCAUACGUCCGGAUGGUGGAAAGUUCACUACCUGUCACUUCGAUGAGCAUCAAAGCUAUCAGUACAGCGCAGAAGGACGACAAAAUUUGCCAAGCACUUAUCAAGUUCAGCACGACCGGAUGGCCCUCUCGCCGCGAUCUUAGCCCAGAAAUGAAAGAUUACUGGGAGUGCAGAAACAGCAUCACCUUUGCAGAUAACCUCCUCAUGUUCAAGGACCGGAUUGUCGUACCAGCCUCGCAUCGGAAGUAUGUGCUGCAGCAGAUACACAGCGGCCACCAGGGAAUGGUGAAAUGCAAAGCAAGGGCUAAAGACAGCGUUUGGUGGCCAAGUAUAGCGCAGGACAUCGAGAACUUCGUUCGCAGCUGUAUUCCCUGCACUGAACAUGCGGUGAACCGAAAGGAGCCAUUACUCCAAACACACCGUUCACCCGGUCGAGGCAUUACUGUAAACACCGUUCACCCGGAGACCUUGGCAAAAGGUGGCUAUGGACCUUCUUUUCAUUAA